GCAUUGCUGACACAUUGACGCAUAACGCACCGUCGACUUGUUUUGUUAAAACAAAACUGAAAGUAGAUUGUUAGCCUUUGAGAAAAACCUCCCUUCUCUCUUCUGUAAAUACCAGCAGAAAAGUUUGGCCAAACCAGAAGUCUGAACUGAAAGCAUCAAAAUGGAAGGAUCAUCGUCUGAUGCUCAAAAUCCUUUAAACUGUCCAAUCUGUCUGGAUAUACUUAAGGACCCAGUCACCACAUCUUGUGGGCACAGUUUCUGUAUGAACUGUAUUAAGAAGGUCUGGGAUCGGGAAAUUCAGAGCGGAGUUUGCAGCUGUCCCAACUGCAGGCAAACCUUUAAUCAAAGACCAACUCUUAGAAAAAGUACAGUACUGGCUGAAAUCGUCAAGGGAGUGAAAUAUGCCCCAAUAGCUGGGCCUGGAGAUGAGGGGUGUGAUGUUUGCAGGGUACAAAAACGAAAAGCCAUCAAGUCUUGUUUGGUGUGUUUGGCUUCUUACUGUCAAAUUCACGUCCAGCCUCAUUAUGCGUCUGAAACAUUCAAGAAACACAAGCUGGUGGAACCUGGUUUACAGCAGCAGAUCUGCUCUCAACAUCACAAAGCUCUGGAGAUUUAUUGUCAAGAUGACCGCAAGUGCAUCUGUGUGCUUUGUACCGGAGACAAGCAUAGGGGGCAUAGAACAAUAUCAGCUGCUGCCGAAAUGGUAGAAAAACAGAAAGAGCUCAAAAUAAGACGGAGGAAUAUCAAACGUAACAUGACGAACAGAAAGAAGAAAGUGGAGGAGUUCGGGAAAGCUGUGAACCAACAUAAGCGCUCUGCAUUAGAAGCAGUGAAGGAAACCGACAACAUUUUUACAGAGAUGAUCAACAUAAUCCAGGAAAGACAAGCUGUGGUACGAGCAAUGGUCACAACUCACAUGAAGCAACAAGUGACGCAGGCUGAGAAUCACAUACAGAUGCUAAAUACCGAGAUCCAUCAUCUGCAGGAGGAAGAUGAUCAAUUGGAGCCUCUUCUACAGACAGAAGAUUACAAUUAUUUCUUCCAGAAUUACUCUUUCAGUUCUGGACUGUCGUUGCGCACAAGCCCAUCUAAGGAUGUUAAUAACGUCGUGACAUUUGAAAAUGUAACAAAAUCAGUUUCGGAGCUGAAAACGCAACUGGAAAAAGUAUGUGUAAAGCAUAAGGACAGGAUAUCAAAGACAGUUGCUGAUGUCCAGAUUUGUAAAGCCACUUCGCCAUUUAUCUCGGACCCAGAAUCAGAAGAUGAUCUAUAUAAUUGACUGGAUUUCUCAUGACGUCAUUGCCCUGAAGCUACCGCGCCGCAAUGUUGGUGUGCCCAAACGUUAUAUUAAAUUAAUAGGGAGUUAUCACAUAUUAAUGAUAAAACAGUAAUUUACCAGUCCCUGUGUUUAUAUCUAAAGUCUCACAGUACAUUCUUACAACGCAAAUGUCUUAAGCAUGUAAAUGGUUAAUUAUUUAAAGUCGGGAAUUUUUCUGUCUUAUUAGAUAUAGAGUGAGUUACAUUAAUUUUCAUUACAGUAUAGCGUAUAUCAGUGUAACUGGCUCCACUCGCACCGCUCUGCGCGGGCCUCGAACCGGCGACGGUCCGGAUGGGAGACGGGCGCUCUAACGAGGAGGCUAAAGACCGCAGUCUCUAGCGUCUGUCGCUAGAGCGUCUCUGUUGGUCGGGGAGUGAGGUUUACACACUGCACAGCUCUUCACUAGCUGGCCUCCGUUACAUCAGAUCAUCAGACUAACGAGACAGCUCAACAUAUGACAAAUGUGCUUAUUCUAAAAUAUAAAUACAGAUAAAUACAGGCUGUAUAGUAAUGAAGCUUUAUUUCUAAACAUUUACACACGUGCCAUUACAACAGUGUGCAAUUCACACUCACCUUCUAUAGAGAAUGUGAAGCUGACGUCACAUGUAGCAUGUUGCAGUGGCGCCGCCAUUUUGGGAGGAUCAUCUCCGCUGCUAUUGUUCUUUUGAUAUGUAGCGCUACUUGUUUUCUUUGAUAUAUGGAGAAAUUGAAGAAGAAGUUUAUUUUUAUAUAGCGCCUUUCCACAAGCUCAAGGUCGCUUUACAAUGAGCACUUUCAAGCCAAAAUACAUUUUCAAACAAAUAUACAGGACAAGAUGUAAGAUUAUUGAUAAUACAUUUCAAACAAGUAUGUUUUCAAUUGUGUUUUGAAGAUGGAUAGAGAGCUACCCAUCUGAAAAAGUAGUUUGCUACACUACAAGUUACUCUAAAAAAGUAGCUAGCUUCUUUGAAAGUACUUUUUAUUUUUUACAAUCUCACAUUGACAAAAUACAGGAGUAUAAUAUUUAUUAUAGCAAACUGUAUAGCAAAUUUCCUAGAUACAGUACCGUUUUUUUUUACUUUAUAAAUUCUGUAGUUUACUUUAAUAUUUACUAAAGUGUAUGAAUUUACUAUAGCUAGAUAAUACAGAAAACUGUAGAAUGUUGUGAUAGUUACCAUAAUAUUCUACAGCUGUAAUAUACUACAAUUUACUAUAGUAAAUACUAAAGUAUACUAUAUUUUUAUGUGAUGAGUCACCAUGAAACGGAAUUUGCGAUUGACUUCUUUUCCGAAAUGAGAAAAAAUGUAGGGCGGGGCUUUAUUUUGCCCUUCCCUUUUUAAUUGGUUUGUUGUAAGUUGGGUCUGGAGGAGAGGGCUAAAAAUGCCUGGCGAUUGCACAGUCAGUAUAGUCCUACCUCUUUUUUGUUGCUGACGUCAUGUGAUGAAGAGUUGUUGUUGAGAGGGGGGAGGAGCUUAAUGUUUUUGAUUAAAGAUUACAAAUGCAAAUUAAUAAAAAAAAAUAAUGGUGUGCACGGAUAAAUCAAUUAUAAUAAUCACUGCAACACUGUGUAAAACAAUUAAAAUGUUCUUGUUUGAUUGCAUGGUGACUUUAAGAUUAGAACCAGAAAGAAAGAAAUCAGGAAAUGACCAUUUCCA